AUGCCCGAGGAACCGUCAGUUCCAUCUCUCACCGACAUCCGAACUCGUGUCCGCGAGAAGUUCGGUCAGCGUCCAUGCUUAUGGCAGCUACAGGCUGUACAGGCUAUCCUGCGGCGCGACAAAGAUGUUGUGUGCAUUGCUGGCACCGGGUCGGGGAAGACCCUUACAUUCUGGAUGCCGCUACUCUUC